AUGUCAAACAUUGAAACAGACGGUCUAUCCGUCACUUAUUCCUCUGAUCGAACUGGAUCUCCAGAUCUACGGCUGAUCCACUAUAAUGAUGUUUACCAUGUCGAAUCUGGUUCUGCAGAGCCUGUCGGCGGGGUAUCUCGGUUCCAAUCCCUUGUGAAACACUAUCGUUCUCACCCCCAGUUCGCCGGACAGCCCGAUAUCCUAACCUUCUUCUCCGGCGAUGCGUUCAACCCGAGUAUCGAAAGUACAAUCACAAAGGGCAGGCAUAUGGUACCAUUCCUCAACACAGUGGGCACCGAUGUAGCGUGUGUGGGUAAUCAUGAUCUGGAUUUUGGAGUAGUCCAAUUCCGCCACUUGGCUAGCCAAUGUCAUUUCCCUUGGCUUUUAGCGAACGUGCUCGACCCGGCACUAGGAAAAGAUAUCCCAAUAGCCGACUGCGGGAAGACUCGCAUGUUGACCUCGUCCAAUGGGCUCAAGAUUGGCGUUUUGGGCCUCGGAGAGAGAGAAUGGCUCGGCACAAUAAACUCUCUUCCCCCUGGUCUGAUCUAUAAAUCCGCAUCUGAAACAGCUCGAGUGCUUGCGAAACAGCUCCGAGAUGAGGGAGCAGACCUCGUCAUCGCUGUCACCCACCAACGCGAACCGAAUGACUACAAACUGGCUAACAACCUGUCACCCGAUCUUGUGGACAUCAUUCUCGGAGGCCAUGAUCACUAUUACGCCCAUGCCGUUGUUAAUGGAAUCCAUGUUAUGCGGUCAGGGACUGACUUCAAACAGUUGAGUUACAUCGAGGCUUUCCGCAAACCCGAUGGUUUGCCUGGCUGGGACUUCAACAUCGUGCGGCGAGAUGUUGUUCGCUCAAUCCCCGAAGAUCCUGAUACAGUGGCAUUGGUGGGCCGGCUUACUUCGAGUCUCAACGCCAAACUAGAAAAGCCAGUCGGAUUUACAGUCACCCCGCUCGAUGGCCGGUUUUCUACAGUGCGGCAGCGUGAAUCUAAUUUAGGUAAUUUUGUCUGCGACCUGAUGCGCUUCUAUUAUUCGGCCGAUUGUGCCAUGAUGGCGGGCGGCACAAUUCGCGGCGAUCAAAUCUACCCGCCAGGGAUACUGAAGUUGAAAGACCUUCUGAACUGCUUCCCUUUCGAAGACCCCGUUGUGUUGGUGCGCGUUCGUGGGCAUGCAUUGCUGGCUGCGCUCGAGAAUGGGGUUAGCCAGCUUCCCGCCCUCGAGGGCCGAUUCUCGCAAGUAUCCAAUAUCAAUUACGGGUUUAAGCUAGACGCACCACCGGGGUCGCGCAUUACAUUCGCUCGUGUUGGCGGCGAGCCCAUUGACUUGAAGCGUGAGUAUCUUCUCGCCACACGCGGCUAUAUGGCCCGAGGAAAAGACGGGUUCUCGUCAUUGCUUAUCCAAGCCGAAGGAGGCGACGCGGAAGAGCUUGUGUCCGAAGAAAAUGGUGUUCUCAUCAGUACAAUCCUGCGGCAAUAUUUCCUAAGUCUCAAGGUACUCGGGAAAUGGAACCGGUGGAGCGCCAGUUUAGGGCGGCACUGGGGUACUAAAAAGGCAGGCGAAAAGCCGCUCACGAAGCCUCCUCUCCGACGGACAGGCCGAGGAGCAUACUACUAUGGUCGAUUCCCCAAAGAAGCUGAACAGGCCGCAGACGCUGUCGCCGAGGACGAGACGAAUGGCAACGCCAUGGAUUCCGACUCGGAUGAGGAUCCAGACAUCCUCACAUCCUCGCGACCGACCACAAAUUACGUCACCCAGCCAGCGAAAUCAUCUGCUGAAGAGGAGCAUCGUCUACAAAUCGCGCGGCGAGUUGUCCGAAAGUGGAUGCGGCACGCAGGCCUGCAGUGCAGAACGUUGAAUACUAUGGACGGCGAAGGGGAAUUCACUCCGGCCUGGACGUCGGGAAUUUCCCCUCGGCUGGAAGGACGCAUUGUGAUAGAGUAG